AUGGACAGGUCCAUGUCCACCCUGGUGCCCGCCAUCGAGCUGACACUGGAGAGGGAGAGAGAGAGGGACAGGGACAGGGAGAAGGUAGGCGAAGAAAACGCCAUCAAAGAGAGAUACAUUGACACAUUGGGGUGCCUGUUGUGAUGUGGUGAAUGUCAGAUUGAGGGCAAGAAGAAGCGCCGCACCGCAGUCCAGCUGGCCGUCGACGGCUACCGGCAGCAGAUCGACGACAUGCGGGCGGCCAAGGGCUGCUACCCGAAGAAGCGGGAGGCCAUCCGGGAGCGGGAGCAGCGGAUGAGGGAGCGCCAGGUCGAGAUCGAUGCUCUCGACAAGGACAUCCGUAAGCGGGACGCAGACAAAGCGGGUAUACACAAGAGAAUGUGGUCAUUCGGUAUUUCUUUUGCUUCAGAGCUGCUCCAAGCCCGGAUCACCGCCCGCCCGCAGUCCCCCAGCCAGUCGCCCAGACAGUCGGCCAGCCAGUCGCCCACUCAGCCACCCGCUCAGCCCAGCCCAGACAAGACGCCCAGCCCCCCCACGAGAGCACCACAAGGGCGACGACAGAGCAGAAGCGCCGCUGCAGCACCUGCUGGAGAGGAGGCCAUGGACGAGGCGGCCAGGGCGGACCAACAGCAGGCGACAGACGACGCGCUGCUGUUCUUGUUGCUGGCUGGCGAGCCCCUGCCAAAGGACGACGAGGCGCGACUGUGGCCCCGCUACGAGGCCAUGAUGAAGGAGAGACAGGAGGCCGCAGCUGGUGCUGGUGCGGAUCUUGCCCCUCCUCCCUUCCAAGGCAUCGGGUGGGAGGGCUUCACCUGCUGCAGAUACGCUGUGGGCGAUGUAAGUGCCGAUACGCACACUCAAUGUCAACCCAUCAAACCGUCAUGUCUGUGCGAGUCUGCGUGUGUUGGGCAGGUGACGUGCCUCCUCGCCGAGUUCGGCAGGCGCUUCGACCUCAAGCCGCGUCAAGUAGAUCUGCAUGUGUUCGCCGAUUGGGUAGUCGAGUGGGUGCUUCCUCAGCUGCCGGACCACCCCGAAGUGGUGAGCAACGAAUCGCACUUAAAAACCCCCUCAUGCCGUGAAUGCACCCAAUCCCAUUGUCAUGUCAUGACCUUGAUCUGUGCAGUGGUUUUUCCUCGAUACCGGCCCCAAGAUGAACCGGACAGAAAGCACUGCGGCAUCUGGCACACGUCCGCACAAAAGGCGGCUGCACUGCUCGCCAAGGUCAGCUUCGCGUACACAUGCACGUGUUGACUCAGAUGUUGAAUGAAUGCUGUUCUUGUACACACAAAUGCGUACGUGCGUAUGUUGUCAUCGUGUGGAUGUCAGGUCGACAGAAGAGGAGACAUGA